ACGUGUACAGCACACGAGAACAUGAUCACUCUAGGGGACUUGUACACGGUGCUGUGCGCCACGGCGCCGCUGUACACGGCCAUGCUCCUCGCCUACGCCGCGGUGCGGUGGUGGCGCACCUUCACCCCGGUGCAGUGCUCGGGCAUCAACCGCUUCGUCGCGGCGUUCGCCGUCCCCGUCCUCUCCUUCCACUUCAUCGCCCACAACGACCCCUACCGCAUGGACCUGCGCUUCCUCCUCGCCGACACCCUCGCCAAGCUCCUCGCGCUCGCUCUCGUCACCGCCGUCUCGUUGGCGUCCGCCUUCUUCUCCCCCCGCCAGCGCCGCGGGGCGCAGCGGCUCGACUGGCCCAUCACCGUGUUCUCCGUCGCGACGCUGCCGAAUACGCUGGUGAUGGGGAUCCCCCUCCUCAGAGCCAUGUAUGGGGACUUCACCCAGCCUCUCAUGGUGCAGCUCGUCGUUCUCCAGUGCAUUGUUUGGUACACUCUACUCCUCUUUCUCUUUGAGUACCGUGCGGCGGCGCUGCUGAUCCGGGAGCGGUUCCCGGGCGCCGCCGCGUCGGCCAUCGCGAAAAUCGACGUCGACGGCGACGUCAUCUCCCUCGACGGGCGUGACCCUCUCUACGCCGAGACGUCGGAGGCCGACGCAGACGGCAUGGUCCGGAUUCGGAUCCGCCGGUCGGCCGCCUCCUCGGCCCCGGGCUCGUCGGCCGUAUCGACGCCGACGCCGCGCAUGUCGAGCAUGUCGGGCGCCGAGAUAUACUCGUCGAGCACACCUAACCGGCACACGUUCACAUUGGGGGAGAUCACGAUCUUCGCGCGGGCGUCGUGCGCGUCGUCAUCGUCCGACGCAUACUCACUGCAGCCGACGCCGCGGGCGUCGAGCUUCACCGACGUGGAGGUAAGAUCGCCAGCAGCGCCGGCUAGUGGUGGUGCUGAGAAAGUGCGCGGCAGAGAAGUGAGUGAGGAGAAAGAGCUCAGCUUCAGAAGCACUACGAAGUUCGUAGAUGCGUAUGAGAUGGACGAAGAAGCGAAUGAUCAGGCGAUGCCGCAUCCGCUUGUCAUGUUAAGGCUCAUACUCGUCGUAGUCGGACGCAAACUCUCUCGAAACCCUAAUACGUAUUCGAGCAUACUUGGCCUACUUUGGUCCCUAAUCUCAUUCAGGUGGGAGUUAACCAUGCCAGAUAUAAUCAAAAACUCAAUUACUAUCAUCUCAGAUGCAGGACUUGGAAUGGCCAUGUUUAGUUUAGGUUUAUUCAUGGCUCUUCAACAAAGGAUCAUUGCGUGCGGCGCAAAAAUGGCGAUAAUAAGCAUGUUUAUUCGGUUUAUUUGCGGGCCGAUAAUAAUGUGUGCUGCAUCAUUAGCUGUGGGAUUAAAAGGGGUUAAACUCCACACUGCAAUUGUCCAGGCUGCUCUUCCACAAGGGAUUGUUCCAUUUGUGUUUGCAAGAGAGUAUGGGCUACAUCCUGAUAUUCUUAGCGCUGGGGUUAUCUUUGGCAUGCUUGUGUCCUUGCCCAUAACCCUUGUCUACUACAUACUAUUAGGCCUAUGAUAUUUACUCAUAUGAGGUCCCCAUCAUAAUAUGUAACAAGGAAAAAGAAAUUGCUAGGAGCAUCCAAGGAGAGAUUUUGGGGCCUAUUAAUGAUGAUCAAAUCGAAACCGUCGAUGCCGAUAUUAUUGGCCUUGAUUGAAGCUCAAAUCAAGCAUGUAUUUGUUGUUCCAUCCUAAAGAUCAACUAGCUAGGGCCCUCAAUGUUGGAUAAUUGAGAACUUUUGAGGUGGGGAGGGUUCAUAUGAUUCAAAUUUGAAAGGGCUUAUAUAUAGGGGAUCAAAUGAAAAUUGCACCAUGCACUUUGUCCAAUAAUCCAAUCCAACAAAGUUUAGUGGUGACCAAAAGGAGAGGAAUUAUGAAGUAGCAUGCAUUGGCAUGCUUGGCCCAUGAUUCUUAGUGUAAUAGUACUCUCUCUCUCUCUCUCUCUCUCUCUCUCUCUCUCUC